UUGCUAGUAGUUUCCAUGGAGACAGCCAACGGCGGGCGGGGAUGGACGCUGGCAGUGUAGCGCCGCCCGACGGGGCGGGGUGCCGGCUGGGGACCCCGGUGGGGGAGUGGAGGAGCGGUGCGAGCGACGAGCGCGGAGGCAGCUCUUGCCCAGCGCUCCAGAGGCUGCUGCCAUGACCCUCACCAAAGGCUCCUUCACCUACUCCAGCGGGGAGGAGUACCGCGGCGAGUGGAAGGAAGGACGCAGGCAUGGUAUUGGCCAGCUGACGUUUGCCGAUGGCACCGCCUACGUGGGGCACUUUGAGAAUGGGCUCUUCCAUGGUUGUGGUGUGCUCAGCUUUGCCGAUGGCUCCAGGUAUGAGGGGGAGUUUGUGCAGGGCAAGUUUAACGGUGUUGGCGUCUUCACCCGCUAUGACAACAUGACCUUCGAGGGCGAGUUCAAAGGCGGACGUGUGUAUGGCUUUGGUCUCCUGACAUUCCCUGACGGCUCUCACGGGGUGCCCCGCAACGAGGGCUUCUUCGAGAACAACAAGCUGCUGCGGCGAGAGAAGUGCCAGGCGGUAAUCCAGAGGGCACAGACUGCUUCCAAGUCUGCUCACAACCUCACAGCGUGAUGGCACCCUGGCACUCGCGUCCCCCUCCCGCUGCAGUGGGACUCCCCCAGGCACUGGCUGGCCCAGGGCAGGGCCAUGGCACUGCCAGCCAUUCCCUCGCCAGCCACUCAACCUUGGCAGGACUGGGAAUUCCUCCACUGCAUGGGGCAGACCUCCCUGCCAAACUGUGCUGCUGGGGGGAACAGACCCCUGUGCCCUUCACCCAAGUGCCCCUGGGCGGCUCUGUGCUUACUAGGGCCACCGUGGUGCCUUCUCCCUCUGACUGCUGCCUCCCACGCCCCCACCAGGAGCCUCCGCUCUGGCCCCAGCCCCACCAGAGUUGCUGCCCGUGGGACUGAGGGAUGGCAUGGCUGGAACAAAGCAGAGGAGUAGGGGUUGGGGCUGGCUCCUGGCCCAAUGUCUAGGGUGCCUGUGCCUGCAGGCAGUGGACAGCUGGCUGGACCAUGUACCCGCAGAGGGGCAGCUCCUGGCCUACUUCUCCAGCCCUGGUCCCCAGGCAAGGUGGGCACCCCAUGGCCUGUGCCCUCAGUGCUGGGUCAGUGGCUGUACCCACUGGGCAGGGUGAUGUGAUUCCCCAUGCUUUUGGAAUUGCAGAAAGGGCAAUCAGCUGUGUCUUCCUUAUCGCUGUGCCAACCCAGCCCAUUCACUGCCUUGGGGACAUUCCACUGAUGGGGACCAGGGGACACUUGGCCUGACCCGUUCAUGCUGUGUACAGAAGGAGCUGGGUGAAGGCAGCAGUGAUGAUGAGCAAGAAGCAGGCUCAGACCAAAAUGGGGCAAGGGGCUGAGGCAAGGCAGUGUGAGGUGCCAGGUCUGGUGCAGGAGGCCUGGGCUGGGUGGGCAGGGAAAAGGGCAUGACAAGGGUGCAGGCAGGGUGCAAGCAGCUCCCCAUUUUGCUCCCCACUUGCAUCCCUCAUCUCUCCCCGUGUGUACCUGCAUUCUUCCCCCAGCAUGGUCCAGCUUACCAGGGCACGGGGUCCUGGCAUUCCUCGCAGCCCAGCCAUGCUCUCCCUGAAGGUUGUGCCCAAACCAGUCCCGUGCCUUGCUGUGUCCCUGCCUUGUGCUGCUGCCUAUGUGGGCCUCAGCUGAGUAAACCAUGUUGCCAAA